ACCAUCAUUCGAGUGCCUGCGUUCAACAAGUUCGUUUCAAUCAAGCAGUGAAAACUCACAUAGUAUUUCCAUCGUAACACUUGAAAGCUGUUGAAGUCGUAUUCUAAGUGAUCUUUUAACUAACGUGCAUCAAGAAGAAUCAACAGCUCUACUUGCAGGAUGUCCCACGUACAGAUGUUUGCGAUCUGCUUAGUUGCCAUCGUCCUGCUGGCUGUGUGCGCGCACAGUGCGGCCACCCCGACCCCACUGUGCCAGCCCGGCAUACUCGACGAGAUGCCGCAACAUAUCAAAAAGGUAUGCGCGGCACUGGAGAACUCUGAUCAAUUGAACUCGGUACUCAGGUCCUACAUCAACAGCGAGGCAUCUGCUCUUGUGGCUAACUCCGAGGAUCUGCUGAAGAACUACAACAAACGCACAGAUGUCGAUCAUGUCUUCUUGCGUUUUGGCAAGCGUCGCUAAGGCGCUUCACAGAGUUCAAUUCCAUCUCUAAUCGAUUCAGCGACACGACCCCGACUACUCAUGUUUUUCGCACUGAUCAACAACAAAAUGGCGUCUUCUUCUUAUAUGCAUAAUUUACUCUCUCGGCACAACAGCGUUUAAUCGUUAAUUAAUCAACUUGGAAGCUCUCUAGUUCAAUAAUCGAAAAAAUGUAUACGAUAUAGUUACGUGUGAACUUUUCAAAAUUGUACAUAUUUAUUCGCCAAGGACCCCCGAAAACGUAUUAUACUUGUUGAUGUAUUCGAUUGUUUUGUAAAAGCUUUUUAUUUUGGAGCACUUUAUUAUUGCCAAUUACAAAUAAAAAUUGUAUAAAUCAUACUUUAUUCCACAUAAUAUUCACUAAUAAUAAAUGGUAGAUUUCCCGCACAUAA